AUGUCGGCCAACGACGACAAGCGGAAAUCAGUGCUAAUCACAGGCUGCGCCCCUGGGGGAAUAGGGAAUGCUCUUUGUCGCGAGUUCCAAAAACACGGCUUGCGCGUAUUUGCAACAGCUCGAGAUGCAAAAUCGCUGGAUGAUCUGGCAACUUUAGGGAUCGAAACGUUGAGUUUGACUGUGGAUGAUGAAGAGAGCGUCCAGCUGUGCUUUUUAGAAAUUGAAAAGAGAUUAGGUGAUAAAGGGCUAGACUAUCUAGUGAAUAAUGCAGGUCGCAAUUAUACGGUCCCUGCCACAGAGGUCAAUCUCUCUGACGUGCGCGCCACGUUCGAGGUCAACUUCUUCUCUGUUGUUUACAUCUGCAAAACGUUUGUCCCGUUACUCGUGCAGGCAAAGGGUACUAUAAUACAAAUCGGGUCAGUCGCCGGGGUUAUUCCCUAUGUGUUUGGAUCAAUAUACAAUGCAUCAAAGGCCGCUUUACAUUCCUACAGCGACACCUUAAGAGUUGAGCUAGCUCCGUUCGGUGUGAAUGUCACUACUGUCGUUACUGGUGGUGUUGAAUCGCGUAUUGCACGCGUAAAGCGAACCCUGGCGCCCAACUCCAUCUAUGCUCCAAUUGAAGAUCAAUAUACGCGUCGCGUUUCCCACAGUCAAGAUGGCGCGAUGUCUCAUACUGCCUAUGCCCAGAGUGUCGUCACACAGGUUCUAUACGGAGCUGCGCCGUGGCGUUGGAUUUGGCCCUGGGCACGAGGACGAAAGAGUUGGAUUUGGGAGGGGAACAAGAGCUGGUUGAUCUGGUUCCUGAUGGGUGGAUGGGCUUGGACAGGUCUCACACAUGCCGCAAUGAUGAGGAUGUUUGGUUUGAGCACGUUGAAGAAGGCUCUCAAAAACUAG